UUCUGCGAACAGCAACCCAACAACAACAACAACAUCUGCAACAACAACAACCUGAGCAACAACAACUGCAACAAAAAGCAGAGCAACAACAAUUUAAUGCCAGUUGCAGUGAUUUUGUUAACGUAACCGCUUUGACGCACCCAAACCAAAUCCUUGCCAUUGUAAAUAAUACGCUACUACACUCUACUACCACAACAACAACAACAACUUUUAAUAACAACAACAACGAAAGCCACUCAAAUUUGUUGCUGAGCAAGUCAAAAUUCGCAUCAAUGAGCAGCAUUUCAUGUGUACAGCCGAUUCCCCCCACAGCUUGUGGCACGCAAGUGAGGGUUGCUGCUGCCACGCCGUCAACUAACCCCCAAUUCAGCCCCCACAUAAAAUCAGCCCCAGCCGCAGGCCCACCCCCACCGCUGCCACCCCGAAUGAAAGUAAAUGGCAUAGCUGAAGCUGCAAUACGCACACCCACAGCCCCAACCCCGUCCCCAUCCGAUUUGGCAACUGCCGCCGUUUUAUCGAUUGACCCAAUUGCUGCAACGCAGUUUUCCAUUUCGAAUGCAACUGCCCCCAAACGUAGCCCCAACCCCAACCCAACUUCCUCUCCCACUCAGAGCAAAUGCCGCUCUGUCGCGCUGAAGCGCAACAACAGCUAUAGGCUGGCCAACGAUGAGCUGAAGCUGGAAAUGAAUAAGGAAAACUGUUUGUCGUCGACGCCACCUUACGGUGCAUUGCCCCCUAUGUUGCAUGCAACAAGUUCGCUGAAACUGCGCAACCUGAGCAAUAUGCAAUUGGCGUCCACCACACCAAAUUCGGGCUGCCCCGCUGAGCGCAAGAUAGCCAAGUCCUUUGAGCGGCUGGUCGAUGAGUUUUCGCUAUCGACCACAUGCAUUGACUCCUCCUAUUUGAAGAACAAAUCGCUCGAGAACUUUGAUGAUUCACCCGCAUUCCACACGACCAGCGUGCCAAACGAGGGCGAGCCGCCAGACAAUGACACUGCCUGCGACUCGUCCGAGGAGGAGGAGGCGGAUGAGUUGGUGGCGCCGCACAUGCAGUUGCCACCCAUACCUCACAGCAGAUACCACAAAUCGUUCGUGGAGAGCGUCUUGCUGCGACCCUUUAAAAUCAUUCUGCCCAAUGAGGAUAACGGCGCUAGACGCCAACGCCUCCUGCAAAAGUUUGAGGUUACGGAAAUCUGGUAGCAGGGUGGCUCAUUGGCUUGUCUUUAACUUGACCUUAAGUUAAAAUAUAGCAGCAGUUAGACCAUUCCACUCGUGCCUCGUCUUGCCGCACGUUGUCAAGUGGGGGUCUUGAGCAAACAGCACACGUUAAUUGUCUAUCUUAGCCAGACCUAUGCGGUCCUAUGCCAGCCUUUUCUUAGUCUCAGUCUACACAGACUCCGUCUUUGUUUCGUACGUGUUCAAUGGGCUAGUGUUGCCGGAAGCGAGUUUUUAACAGUGCCAGCCGCUGUUUAGUCACAGGUUCAAUGCUCUAUUCAACAUCUUGACAGCCUACAUAAAGAUACUGAAAACUUCUCUAGGAUUCCGCUUCUGCAGCCAACUUAACAAGCUUACUUAGUGGCCAGCUGCGGCCAACUUAAGACGUACGUUCAAAAUACUAGUGCUGCCAGAUCGUUGCAAAUCGAGUUCGCCUUGCAACCGACUUGACUGUACACUUGAAAUGCUAGCUAUUCAAUUUAUUGAAUUUAAUAAUUAUCUAAUGUUUGUUAUUAACAUAUGUUUAUUCAAUCAGCAGCAUGUUCUGCUAACUUUACAUACAUAUAUUUAAUUUGCUCUGUUUUCCCGCCUUGGGAGCGUAAACAGUUUUUUGUAUGAUUUUCAUUUGUUUAACUAACUGUUUUUUAACAAUCACCUUUAAUUAAGUGUUAUGUGUGUGUACUUAAACUAUGUGUUUUUUAUAUGUUUUAACUGUAACUAAUUAUAAAAUACCUAAACUUAUUCGUUCUAUUAACAUUACAACAACACAUGUGUAUUGUAAAUUCUGUAAAGUUUUUUGCACCGAUUAUGUUUUGUUCCACAACAACAAUUAUCACAAAUGUAUGCAUUAAGUAUUCAAUUUAUGACAAAUUAUGACGCUAAUUUUUUAAGACAACAAAUUCAAUUUAAAUUUGAGUUGCUUGAUUUUAAUUUGAUUCCGAACAUUUUUACAAGCGUGCAAAAAACUUCUAUUGCAUAAUUUAUAUUUAAUAUGUAUGUGUGUAUAUAUAUUGUAGUAGUAGUAGUUUUUUGCACCUCGCCCAACUAACGCAACUUAACAGUUUGUAGUUUAAAAAAUUAGCGCCUAGUUUGAAAUGAAACGAGAACCUAUUCACAUUUAAGUACCUAGAUAAGUAGAGCUCUUAAGUUCAAUCACAUUCCAUACAAAACAAAAAGCCCACCGAUCGUAAGUAAAGUUAUGAAAAUAAAUUGAGAAAAAGAAACAAGAAAUUCGCAUCAAUCAUUGUAUCAUAAAAAGAAAAUGAAAAGAAAAAAAGAAAAAAUAAUCAUCCACUGCAUAACAUGGGCUAAUGGGCACCAUAGACACUGCACCCCCACCACCUACACCACCCCACUCCAACACCCAGCACGAGCACCACCAUGCAUUUCUGGGCACACCCAUCCAACGCAUCCAUUGCACCACAUAUGUACAUAACACAUACGCUCCUGGGGACAAGCCAGACAGGUACAGUGAAGCGUCGACAGGUACGUACGGCUUGCGCUUGCUUGAAUGCUUCUAUAAUUGAGGACUACUUUAUUUUUGGGUAAACGCACUUUAAAAACGCCUACUAAAAUAGCUCCAUGUCCAUUAACUGAGCUCAACUGAUCGACAUUUUGUGUAUGGCCUUCUUUUCUUUU